GAUUGGUAGACAUGACCGCCGCUCAGCGCACUGACCAAUGAGCGAGCAGAACGCGGAGCAGGGGGCGGGCGUUCUCCUCUUUCCGGUCCGUGCGGUGCCGUCGGCGCGGCCUGAGCGGGGGAGGCGGCGCCGGCACCGGAAUCGGGAUCCGGGUCGGGAUCGGGGCCGGCUGCGGCUCCGUGACCGGGACCAUGUUCCGCCGCAAGCUCUCGGCGCUCGACUAUCACAACCCCGCCGGCUUCAACUGCAGGGAUGAAACAGAGUUCAGGAAUUUCAUUGUCUGGCUGGAGGACCAGAAAAUCCGACACUACAAGAUCGAGGACCGAGGGAAUCUGAGGAACAUCCACAGUGAGGACUGGCCCAAAUCCUUUGAGAAGUACAUGAAAGAUGUGAACUGUCCCUUCAAAAUACAGGAACGACAGGAAACUGUGGAUUGGCUGCUUGGCUUGGCUGUGAGGCUGGAGUAUGGAGAUAAUGCUGAUAAAUACAAGGAUUCCACCCCUGAUGGUGCUAAAAAUGCAGACAACACAGCCAAAAAUGCAGAGCCCCUGAUUAACCUGGAUGCAACUAAUGCAUUCUUUUUCGUGAAUAAUUUUUCUUUCUUGCUAAUCUCUCAGAUCCAGAGACAUGAUGAUUACCUGGUGAUGCUCAAGGCAAUUCGGAUUCUGGUUCAGGAGCGCCUGACACAGGAUGCCAUAGCCAAAGCCAGCCAGUCCAAGGAGGGUCUGCCUGUUGCUCUGGAAAAGCACAUUCUUGGAUUUGACACGGGAGAUGCCGUCAUCAACGAGGCCGCGCAGAUCCUGCGCCUGCUGCACAUCGAGGAGCUCCGCGAGCUGCAGACCAAGAUCAACGAAGCCAUCGUGGCCGUGCAGGCCAUCAUUGCUGACCCCAAGACUGACCACAGACUGGGCAAAGUGGGCAGAUGAAGGGAGAAAAGCUUCCACAAAAAGCCCCACCGUGUGUUAGUGCAAUUAGGGACAGCUCCGCUCUGGCACAUGCAGCUUGGAACGGGAUUAAUUUGCCUGUUUGGGAAAGAAAACAGGAAAUUGAAUUCUGAUGAAUUACCAGAUUUUUUUUUUCUUGAAAUAAAUGAAAUCGAGGGAAACAGA